UUGUAAACAAACGACCUCCGUUAGCUUGCACGUAGAGAAGGGUGGGAAGAUUUGUUAAUUCGGCAUAUCUUUUCUUUGGAUAAAUGAAUUUACAUACAUUCUUUUAAUUUCUUGUAAGUUUCAGAAGUGUCAAGAGUACAAGAACAGCAACGGGCUGAUUCUUUUCGCUUAUUUGUGAUUUUUUUUUGAGAACACGUCCAUGAACGUGAAAUUAACCUAUUAUCGGUGACUUGCCCAUGUCUUCGGAUGAUGACUUGGAUUUUGCUGACAUCAAUGUAAAUGAUAUCUUUCAAGGCGUAAAUUUGGACGAGCUCGAGAAGCAAGCUCAACAACAAGUUCUUUCUCAGAAACCAGCUCCGGCUUCGUCUCCAAGUGUCCAGACGACUCUUGCAAACCCGUUGAAUUCACAGGUCCCAUUGUCUCAAGGAAUAGACUAUGGAAGUCUAAAUGCUGAUGAACUUCAAAAGCAAUUACUAAUCAGAGGUGGUGAAAAUGCGAUAUUACGUUCAAAUAUUGCCAAACAAGCAGAGCAAAACAACUUAACGCUAGAGUCCUUAAACAGGUCCAUUCAACAACAGCAAGAGUCUUAUCAAAAAAAGUUAGAAGAGCUACAAAAGGAGAUUGAAUAUGCGAAAACAAAAUCUCUUUUCCAUGAGCGUGAAGCCCAAGAAGCCGUGGAGUCUAUGAAGAAACUUCAACGGGACGCGAAGUCAUCAACAGUUUCACUGGGUUCUUCUCAAAGAACCAGCACUGAUGGGUUUCCCAGCGUGGACCAUUUGUUUCCCUCUGCCUCUCAGGCAGAUCCAGCCCAUAAGGCGAAAGUAACACCAAAAGCAGGUACACUAAAGAAGAAACGAAAAAUAUCAUUACCACAGCAUACAGAGGGAACACGGCCGAAAGAAUCAAGUGCGCAACAUGAUACAUCUUUUCCAAUUCAUUCCAGCAACAUGAUACAAGAGCUGUUUGUUUUCCAAAAAAGAGAAGAAAUACUGUUUUUGUCCCGAAAUCUAACAAACAUUUUGAAUUGUUAUUCAGUCUUGUUUGAGGAGUUCAAAUCCUUUCCUCCCUGCGUUCAACUUUAUGAAUCAUUAUGCAACUGCAUAUACAAUUCUGAUUUAUCAUCAGAGUACGACGACUAUCAGAAUUCUGUCAUCCAAGCAAUUGCCAGCCUUUUUAAAUUGGCCGUUACGAACGAGGUUUUUGGCCCACUGCAUGGUCUUGUUCAACUUUUGGAAGGCCUUGUUUUCUUUGAUCCAGAUAGUUGCGUUUUGCUUUUGCGUGCGCAAAUCCCAGCAUUGGUCGGUGAUUCUAUCAUGGCUAUUGCUUCUAGACGAGAUGGAAUUUCCUUGAAAAAUCUUCAACCUCUCGCCCAGUUUCUGCGAUUCUAUAUGCCAAUCGUGUCUGAUUUAGCGCCUUCUAAGUUUGAGGAAGUAGCUGUGCAGGUAAGACAUGAAAUAUUUCACCAAUGUUUAGAAUUUCAAGAAUCAUUUGUUUUGAUGAAAGAAGGAAUUUUAUUGCUCAUGAGUUCUAUGACAGUCUCUUAUUGUGCUUCUAUAAAGUUUGUAAAUACGGACGAAACAGGGAGAGAUCUAAUAUUUCGGUUAAUUACUACGAUUUGUCAAAUAUUCGUGGAACCUACAAAAGAAGAGAAUGAUGUGUAUUCCAUUGUAAAAUGGAAGGAAAUCCAUCGGACGAUAUUAUCCCUAAUUACGAAUUUUUUACAAAAGAACCGUGCAAUUACAACCGAAAUCCUUCGCAACUGUUAUCCUGUAAUAUCUUCCUUUGCUCUUGGCUUAUGUUGGUACCACCAUCGGCUGUUGAGCGCUAUGUUUGACACAGCAGAUACUGCUGACAUAUUGAUGUCUAUUAUUCGACUUUUGUAUUUAAUCGCUCCAGCUGACUUGUCUUCCCGACUCAUGAGCGCCGGAAACGGCCUUCAUUCAAGAUUCAUAUAUUCCUUGGCUUCAUGUACUUUUGGCGACUUUGAAAAUCACUUGUUUGGCGACGAUGCAUCAGAGACUACUUCUUUGGGUUCUCAUUUAUUGGAAACUUGCUUGUCUCCAGAAGAACUGGAGCAAUUGUACAAUAAUUUUUGACUUUUUCAUCAUUUCCUAAGAUUUCAUUACAAUAAAAACAUUUUUGUUUCCAAUAAGUUUUCAAAUACUCGCUCGUUCUUUCUGUUAUUAUUUAGGGGUUUUCUAUAUCUUAAUUUAUUCUACAUUCUCUCAUAUAACUUUGGGUAUUUUCAGAUACCAUCUACAAACAUCAUACAAUACUUCAUUAUAAGUUUUGGU